AUGUCGGAUCAAAAUGAGCAAAUACAUUUUCAAGAUUCGGAAGAAAAGACAAAAAGUGAAAACGGAAUUGCUAAACAUGAGAUGCAAAAGGAUGCCAUAGACAAUCAUAGGAAAACGGAAGAAAAACCAAAAAGUGACAAUGAAAAAGCCCCCAACAUCGAAGUUACCGACGAUAAAGAACUCAGUAAAAAUAUAACGAUUAGCGUGGACAGUAUCGAUAACGCGAAGAGUGAAAGUAACGGAAUUAAACUACAAGAGUUUGAAAAAAAAGAUGGCGUCGAAAAUGGGAAACUUGACGUUUCGAAAAAGGACAUCCUGGGCGUGCCGCGCACCGGGCCUCGUAUGUCAUUCAUGGAAGAAGAAAGCGUUCGAGAGCGCAUGCGCGUCAGUCUGCUCAAGCAGUGCUCAGCCAUCUUGAAACAAGGAGAUCAGAAGUACACUAGAGACACGCUGCACAGGGCCUUCCAAGAUGAAGAUCUGCUGGAGAGGAUCUUCCGACUUUUCGACGUCGACAGGCAAGACCACUUGGUGCAGGAAGACUGGGUCGAGUUCCUCAAAGAGAGAAUUACAGACGACAAGCAAAUCGAUUUCGUGGAACAGGUGGAGAGCGUGGCGUACGUCCUUUGUGGCAGCGGGGUCAUCACACUUGACAUCUUCCAGCACAUACUGCAGAAUAAAGUGGUCACAAAUAAGCUGUUCCGACUGGUGGACAAAGACGGCGACGGAUUUGCGACGGCCGACGAGGUCAUGGAGUUUCUCUCCACCAUCACUAGUAGUAGGUCCCGUGCUGGCUUCGACCGGCACAGCGUGGACUGGCUGGAGGAUCUGUUCAAGCGAACAGUGGGAGACCAGCAAGAGAUCACAAGAGAACAAUUCCAGAGAAUUGUUGUGUCUAAGAAUCCGUUCUUCACAGAGCGCGUAUUCCAGAUCUUCGACGAAGAUGACUCCGGGACUAUCUCGCUGCAGGAGUUCAUCGCUGCCGUCCACAGAUUUGCUGGUCAGACGCCCGAUGAUAAGCUCCGGUUUCUCUUUAAAGUUUACGAUUUAGAUGGGGACGGUUUAAUCCAACACCGUGAACUUCAGCAUGUGAUGCGAGCAUGCAUGGAAGAAAACGGCAUGCAGUUCAGCGAUGACCAGCUCUUGGAACUGACUGGGGCAAUGUUCGAAGACGCUGACACGGAGCGAAGAGGAGCUAUCACUUAUGAGGCUUUGAAGACUCAGUUAAAUAACCAUGGAGGGUUACUUGAAAAUUUGUCUAUUAGUAUAGACCGGUGGCUGGUCCCCCCGAAGCCAGACCCUGAGCCCACCUCAUUCGUCCACAAACUCUCUAAGCUGAAGCCCUAUCAGCUCUCCUUGCCCUACUUCAGGAACAACUACGUCUUUGUUAUCUAUCUGUUGCUAUUCUUCCUCGUCAACAUCGGUUUGUUCGUCGCGAGAUGUAUUGAGUAUAGGAACUACAAUGGAUUCGUUAUAUUGGCUAGAGCUUGUGGCCAGUGCCUGAACUUCAACUGCGCCUGGGUGCUGGUGCUGAUGCUGCGCUCGUGCAUCACGCAACUGCGCGUGCGCGGCCUCAGCUCGGUGCUGCCGCUCGACCACCACAUCUACCUGCACAAGCUGACGGGCGUCAUGGUCGUCGGGUACAGCGUGUUGCACACUGCCAUGCACUUGUGCAACUUUUGUAUAAUAGUAGUCAAUGACCCAGAAAUUAACAAGAACAACUACACGAUCUACGAGUGGUUACUAACAGAGCGACCGGGGCUGUUUGGAUUGGUGGGGGGCUGUGCCAACCCGACUGGCGUGGCGCUGGUGGUCAUUCUCCUGGUUAUGUAUGUGUGCAGUCAGCCUUUUAUCAGGAGAGGAGGGAGCUUUGAGGUAUUCUACUGGACUCAUCUCCUAUACGUGCCGUUUUGGUUACUGUUGAUUUUCCAUGCGCCCAACUUCUGGAAGUGGUUCGUGCUGCCCGGAUCCAUUUACAUCGCCGAGAGGAUCUUACGUCUUGCUUGGAUGAGAUCAGAGCGCGGCAAAACGUACAUCUCGUCAGGGAUUCUGCUGCCAUCUCGCGUGACACACCUGGUCAUUAAACGGCCGCCUCUGUUUGACUACCACGCCGGCGAUUACGUGUUCGUUAAUAUUCCUGCUAUCGCGACUUACGAGUGGCAUCCGUUCACUAUUAGCAGCGCUCCUGACCAGGAAGAUUACCUGUGGCUGCACAUCCGCGGCGUAGGCGAAUGGACAAAUCGACUGUACGCGUACUUUGAAGCACAACAAGCAAGGUUACAUGCCGGCGAGGUGACACCACAUCAAAGCGGGGAGAACGGUCAUGAAAUCGUAGCUCGCACCAGCUCAAAUCAGAGCAACAAAAGCAGACGCAAAGGAUCAACCGGUAACGCUAAAAAACGCUCCGUCGAUUUUUCCCCAGUAGCAUUUGCUAAUGAAGCCUUUAGCAUUGAAGAGGAAAAGGAGUUUAAAGCGAUAUCACCCUCUCCCCGCGUGCGCAAUGCAGCUCUUUUGGCACCAUUUUCCCCUCUUCGUCUGCUAGAGAAGUCUCGCUCCAUGCCGGAUGUCCACAACAACUUGAAGAAGAAACAGCGGUUGAUGGCUCUCCGCGACUACAUGCGCUCGGAGUCGGAGAACAGUUUCGACCAAUGCGAGAUGCGUCGCGCUCACCUCAAAGCCCUCGGAUUGGCCUACAAAAGUCCACAAAAUAAAUCGCUCGCUCACAGCUUCAGGUACAUGAGGACCAAACCAACUAUCAUCGCCUUUAAGACGCCCAGCAUGGAAAACUGCGAACGUCGAAGAAGCAACGAAAGCAUUUUGACCAUCGCUCGAAGACGUCUCUCUAAGAGUUUAUCGCCGGACAAAGAUGUGGAGAAUCAGAUCGAGCGACCAACGUUCAAUAUCAUCAGCCCUUCGGAAUCUUCCGUUGCAGAUUCGUCGUUCGCAAAUUACCCUGUGGGGAAACCUUUGGAGAUCUUCCUAGACGGUCCGUACGGCGCGGCCUCAUCGCACAUCUUCCGCGCACAGCACGCGGCGUUAAUAGCCGCCGGCAUCGGUGUCACGCCGUUCGCCUCGAUCUUGCAGUCCAUAAUGUACCGAUACUGGAGCACCAGGAACGUCUGCCCGAAGUGUAGUCACACUUGGGCUAGUAGUCUACCGCAGCAUGGGAUGAGUUUGAAGAAGGUUGAUUUCUUCUGGAUAAACCGGGAGCAGCGCUCGUUCGAGUGGUUCGUCUCUCUUCUGUCCCAGCUGGAGAUCGAGCAGGCAGAACUAGGAGGGGACCUGGAGAGGUUCCUAGAGAUGCACAUGUACAUCACGAGUGCGCUGCAGCGGACGGACAUGAAGGCUGUCGGGCUACAGCUGGCAUUGGACUUGUUGCAUGAGAAGGAGAAACGAGAUCUGAUAACGGGUCUGAAGACCCGCACCAACGCUGGUCGUCCGAAUUGGGACAAGGUUUUCCAGCAGUUACAGGAACAGAACAAAGGCAAAGUGACAGUGUUUUACUGCGGCCCGCCACAACUGGCCAGGGUGCUAAGGGUUAAAUGCGACCAGUUUGGGUUUAGCUUUAGAAAGGAAGUCUUUUAAACCGAUUGAUACGUGUAGGUUUUUUGGUGUCAUAUUUUAUGGGCGUCAUAUUUAUUACCGUCAUUUUUAUUGGCGUCAUAUUUAGUGGCAGCAUCAAUUCAUGUUAUUAGAAGAAUUUUCAACAGUGGUAUUGUUUUAAUAAUUCGCCUGCAAUUAAAUAAUGUAAUUGAACUGGAGUCAUAGUUUAAGGUAAUUAAAAACCUUGAUUUAAGUGUUUAUUUGCUUUAAGUGCCAUGGUUUUGUUGUUUUUAUAUACUUACUUACUUACCUUAAUGAUAAAUUAAUUAAUAUUGUUGUGGUUUUAUAACACUACGAUCUGUCUAGGUAUCCAUUUAGAAAUGAUUGUACCCCCAGAGGGCACGGCAGUGCGGCCACAAUGAGAGUAGACGUAAAGGUAUCAUGUAUUUUUCGAAACACCAUUUACUGUUUCUUUGACAUGUUGUUACCAAUCAUAAUAAGCGUAAUUAAUAAGACAAAGAUAUUGUUAUAAUUGCAAUCAUAUUUAUAAAAACUGUUAAUCAAAUUGUUUAUUAUUUUUUAUAUUUUUGAAAAUAAAUACAAUGU